AUGAGUGAGGAGCGGCGGCUGCCUGGCAGCGCAGUGGGCUGGCUGGCAUGCGGCGGCCUCUCCCUGCUGGCCAAUGCCUGGGGCAUCCUCAGCGUUGGGGCCAAGCAGAAGAAGUGGAAGCCGCUGGAGUUCCUGCUGUGCACACUGGCGGCCACCCACAUGCUCAACGUGGCCGUGCCCAUCGCCACCUACGCUGUGGUGCAGCUGCGGCGGCAGCGCCCCGACUACGAGUGGAACGAGGGCCUCUGCAAAGUCUUCGUCUCCACCUUCUACACCCUCACCCUGGCCACUUGCUUCUCUGUCACCUCCCUCUCCUAUCACCGCAUGUGGAUGGUCCGCUGGCCCGUCAACUACCGGCUGAGCAAUGCCAAGAAGCAGGCGGUACACACGGUCAUGGGCAUCUGGAUGGUGUCCUUCAUCCUGUCGGCCCUGCCUGCCGUCGGCUGGCAUGACACAAGCGAGCGCUUCUACGCCCACGGCUGCCGCUUCAUCGUGGCUGAGAUUGGCCUGGGCUUUGGCGUCUGCUUCCUGUUGUUGGUGGGCGGCAGCGUGGCCAUGGGCGUGGUCUGUACUGCUAUCGCCCUCUUCCAGACACUGACUGUGCAGGUGGGGCGCCAGGCCGACCGCCGAACAUUCACUGUGCCCACCAUUGUGGUAGAGGACGCCCAAGGCAAGCGCCGCUCCUCCAUUGACGGCUCCGAGCCCGCCAAGACCUCACUGCAGAUCACGGGCCUCGUGGCCACCAUCGUCGUCAUCUACGACUGCCUCAUGGGCUUCCCUGUGCUGGUGGUGAGCUUCAGCAGCCUGAGGGCAGAUGCUGCGGCGCCCUGGAUGGUUCUGUGUGUGCUGUGGUGCUCAGUGACUCAGGCCCUGCUGCUGCCUGUCUUCCUCUGGGCCUGUGACCGCUACCGUGCUGACGUCAAGGCCGUCUGGGAGAAGUGCAUGGCCCUCAUGGCCAACGACGAGGACUCAGACGAUGAGAUCAGCCUGGAGGGUGGCGUCCCCCCAGACCUGGUGUUGGAGCGCUCCCUCGACUACGGCUACAGGGGCGAGUUUGUGGCACUGGACAGGAUGGCCAAGUAUGAGCUCUCUGCACUGGAGGGGGGCCUGCCCCAGCUCUACCCGCUGCGGCCCCUGCAGGAAGACAAGAUGCAGUACCUGCAGGUCCCACCCACGCGGCGCUUCUCCCACGACGACGCGGACAUGUGGGCGUCAAUGCCGCUGCCCGCCCUCCUGCCCCGCUGGGGGUCCGGCGAGGACCUGGCCGCCCUGGCGCACCUCGUGCUGCCGGCACGCCGUUGCAGCAGCCUGCUGGCCUUCGCCGAGGACGCGCCCUCAUUCUGCCAGCGCCGCCGCUCAGCCGAGAGCCUUCUGUCGCUGCGGCCCCUGGACGGCGGCCCGCGCCACACCGCCGACUCGGCCCCUGGGAGCCCGGGCAGCCCGCGCCGCCGCCCCGGGCCGGGUGCCCGCUCCGCCUCCGCCUCGCUGCUGCCCGACGCCUUCGCCCUAACGGCCUUCGAGCGCGAGCCGCAGGCCCUCCGCCGCCUACCGGCGCCCCCAGGGCCGGGUCCGCCCGUGGUUCCCGCCGCGCCCGACGUGCCUCCUGGCGGCGGCGCUCUGCUGAGCCCCAGGACGCGCCCGCCCGCGCACUUCGGACCUUUGCACUCUGGCCUGAGCGCGUCGUGGGGGGAGCCCAACGGCCUACGCGCGGCGGGCGGCGGCGGCAGCACCAGCAGCUUCCUGAGCUCGCCCUCCGAGUCCUCAGGCUACGUCACGCUGCACUCAGACUCGCUUGGCUCGGCGUCCUAGGGCCCGAUGGCCCCCGAUCCCAUGAAGCCGAGCAAGCCGGGCCGCCAGCGGGGCCCAAGACCAAAGAUCCCACCUUGGUCCCGCCUCAGGCUCGGGACGGCCGGCUUUAAGCCCGCCCACCCUGCCCAGCCCUGUGCCACUCUCCGGGGAGGAGACGGCCUCGACGCCUCCUCGUCUGGCUCCUCCCUGCCGGCCCGGGAGGAGGGGGUUUGCCUGGAGGAGCAAUGGCUACCUUGGAAGACAGGCUUGGCACCUCCUGUGCGGAUCUGAACCUGGGAAAGGCGGGGCUCUGCAUGCCCAGCUGCGCCCACCCAGCCCUGGGGCAGCUAGAUGGGGGUGGGCUGUGCCGGCUUUCCUCUCUGCGCUGUAAUUGUCACUCCGGGGGUGGGUGAGAGGGUUUCUAAGCACAGGGGUCUUCAGAGCCCAAACCAGGUCUCUGAGCAGGUAUCCCUGCCUCAGAGCUGUUCUGCCUCCGUUUCCCCAUCCGUGAUGAGCAGGUGAUCCUUGUUAACUCUCAGGGCUGUUUGGAGAAGUCUCCUGGUCCUUGUGCCCUGGCCACUGAGGGGACUGGGGUGUUGCUCCCCGGCUGAGGCCUCCCAAUCUCGGUGCCCCCAACGCCCUUGGGAGCUAACACCCCACUCCAGUUAAGCACAACACUGUUGCACAUCACCGUUGGCACCAUGGCCACCUUGAUCAUCAUUAGUGUCCCCUCCCUCAUCACAUGCCGUCGUUGCGUGUCCCCACCUGUCACCCACCUCUGUGACUCCCCCCAUGAAGGCUGUGGGCACAUGAGUGGAAAGGCCCAAAGCAAAGGGGGAGUGAGGCUCCCUUAACUCAGUGUCCAUCUCCAGCCUCAUCCCCAACCUGUGCAAGUGAGAGUCCGCGCCCACCCUGGGGCAGGGCUUUUCUCUGCUGUCCCUCCUGGGCAGCCCCUGGCCCCUUGCAGGCCUGGGCUUUGACCUGGGGCCUGAGGAGAGGCCUGCUGGUUUUUCAUGAAGACCCUACACUCAGGCUGAGAGGCCCAGAAGCAGUUGUGAUCUGGAGGCAGAGGCACAGGGCUUCUGCAGAGGCUGCCUCUUCCUGGCCCCUUCUCCAUGCAACAGCUCUUAAACCUGAUGACCUGGAGUGAGUUCCCAGGCCAGCACAGAGCCAGCCUGCACCCUGUUCCUCGUGCUCCACAAACCUGGCAUUGCAGUACUGCGUCUGCCUCACAGGUGGCCAAGCCUGUCUCCUCACCCUCCAGACAAGGUCCCAGCCCAAGAGGAGGCUACUGGGCAUGGGUCGGUGGGACUGCCUGCCUCUGUCUGGCCUCUGAGUCCCCUCCAGUCCCUGGAUGUGGGGUAACCAGGAGAGGAGCUGACCACAGGUGAGCCUGGCUAUGGGAAGGGCUGCCUCUGGCCAAUGCUGCUGUGCCUUCAAGGACCAACAUUUCAUGUGGGGGCAGGGCCCACGGCUAGCCAUGGUCCCCCCCCUCAGGCUGGCUCAUUUGUCACCUUGGGUUUUCAUUCUGUGUAUAUCAUAUCCAAUGGCAAUACUUGCAGAGGGAUGCAGUCCCCAAAAUCCCUCCAGUCUUGAUUUUUACAAAAAAAGGGGGCACCCUAAAUGAAAGACCCUGAGGUCUGGGGCUCCCCACUCCACUUUGUCCAGUCUCCAGGCCUGUUGGCUAUGUUUAUAAAAAGCUUGACCCUGGGCACUGGGGAGGGAGUUUUGUCAGUACCACGGCGCUGCACCCCAGAGCCAGGGAUCCAUUUGUAGCUUUUCACAACUAAGCAUCUUUCUUCUGUACCCACCAAACUAAACCCACUGCCAUCCUGUCGAUUCGGACUCACAGCAAUUCUAUACAGGUACUCUUCUGUACAGGACCCAAUAAAAACUCCCUUAUGAUUUGCACUCAGCCUCCCAGGCUGGUUUCAUGGAAACAUUCUUCUAAAACCUAACAGCACCACUGGCCAACUGCCCUCAAAAUCUCUCUCCCUCUGGGACCUGAA